GGCUGCUCAGCGAAAUGGCUGCGUUCCUGCGAGCUCGUAAAUAUGUCCGCUGCGUUGUCCGCUUUUCCGACCGUGAACUGUAAACGCUCGCGCUGACCGCCUUUGGACAUUACAUGAAAUACUACUGACUAAGCAGUGAUGGCUGAAGAUAAUGCAGAUAUUGGAGGUAUGGUCGAGGAUGAAGAUGACAGCUCGGAUGAUCCAAAUCUUGAGCUGGAGCUCAGUGCGUUCAGAGCUCAAUGGAUGUCUGAACUCAAACCAAGCUCUGGGGCAAGUGGCACAAGUCACCAACUGCUGCAAGCUAAAGGUCUGAGAAGGACACAAGACAUUGUUCGGGAGGAGAAAGCCACCGAGUUGUUCUUGAGAGCUGUUCAGGAAGAGCAAAAUGGAGCUGUCUAUGAGGCUAUUAAGUUCUACCGCAUGGCUAUGCAGCUUGUCCCUGACAUUGAGUUUAAAAUCAACUAUAGCCGUCCUCCCGACACGGAGCGAGUUGGACGAAACUAUAUGGAGAACAGUGAUAUUGAUGGGGAUAUUGAAGAUCUACUUGCCUACUUUGAACAGCAGCUUACUGUGGAAAGCCCCUUUCCUAAGAUCUGCUCUCCUGCGUUGGAAAUGACUCAGAUGCACAUUUCAGCCUUGCCGCGGGAAAUCCUGAUGUAUAUAUUUCGUUGGGUUGUGUCAAGUGAUCUAGACAUGCGAGCCCUGGAGCAGCUGUCUCUGGUUUGCCGCGGGUUUUACAUUUGUGCAAGGGAUCCUGAGAUAUGGCGUUUAGCCUGUUUAAGAGUGUGGGGACGAAACUGCACCAAACUUGUACCCUUCAAAUCCUGGAGAGAGAUGUUUCUGCAAAGGCCACGUGUUCGUUUUGAUGGAGUCUAUAUCAGCAAGACGUCCUACAUUCGACAAGGAGAGGAAUCCCUGGAUGGCUUUUACAGGGCUUGGCAUCAUGUCGAGUACUACAGGUACCUCCGGUUCUUCCCUGAUGGUCAGGUCAUCAUGCUGACCACCCCCGAAGACCCUCUGUCUGUUGUUCCACGUUUGCGUACUAGGAACACCAGGAUGGAAUCAGUUUUGCUCGGCCAUUUUCGUCUGUCACAAGAAACGGACAAUCAAACCAAAGUCUUUGCUGUUGUCUGCAAGAAAAAGGAAGAGCAGAAAGCAACCGAGUUUCAAAGGAAUCGGUUCUGCAGGCGGAACCCAGCUCCAGAGGCUGAGCAUAGCUUUCAUGUGGGCCUGCAUUUGUCCUCUGGGGGGCGCCCUAAUGUCAGUAAGCUGGUGUGGAUCCACCAUUCCUGCCACAUCACCUACAAGCUAACUGGGGAAACCGUGGUGACAGCGUUUGACCUGGACAGGAUGUACACGCCCUUCUUCUUUGCACGUGUGAAGAGUUACACUGCUUUCUCUGAGCAGCCUCUCUAAGCAGCCUGAAGACCCGCACAUGUUCCUACAAAGACCCCAUCAGAAGUUAAUUCACCAUCUUAACCAAAUAUAUACUCAUCAGCCUGCUUUCUUUGUGCUGCAGAUGGAUGUUAAUAUAUGAAUCCUCAUGUUUCCUAUGUGCAAGCAUGUUAUGUUUUCAGGUUGGCAUAAUAGAAUACUACUUAUUUUCUGAUUUCAGAAAUUAUAGUAAUGUGCUCAGAGCUAAAAUAAUUAGCAAGCUUUCCCACCUGUUCCCAACAAUGAAUGUUGAUACUUUUUUGUUCAAAGUUGCACUUUCUCCCUCAAAUAAACAGUGGUGACACAAAACA